UCCUCUUUGCCAAGUGUUUGCCACUUUAACAGAUCUUAUCAAGAAAGGCUAAUUUUGGAGAAGAUACUAUAAACAAAUAGAGUACAUGUCCAACAAAUUUACAUUCUCUUUGCCUGCUCCUGAUCUCUAACUCUGCUUUUAUUACCAGAAAAAUAAGAAUAAGAAAUUGUGUGAAGAGGAGUGGUCUUGAUUACCAGGAUGUCUCUUUCCAUCUACAUCACUCAUCUUCUCAUUUUCUCCUUGAUUUCCACAUGUGUUAUCUGCAACCAGGCGGAGGAUAAUCUUCUUCAAGGCCUAAACAGCCACCGAACUGCUCAAAAAGUUGCACCUUUUACAAAGAACGAGAAGGCUGAUUGUGUGGCCGAUGAGAUCGCUGACAAGCUCGAAGAUCAACCAUGCACAAACCACUCCACAGCCGGCACGGUUACUCCUGGGUCGGUCCCUCCGCAGUUAACGAACUACCAAGACAUUCUUUCUGAGUGCAAAAUCGACCCAAACACUACCCGUGACGGAUUGAUCUUACCAGUUUGUAUCCCUAACCGGAUCCCUACUCUGGCUUUAACUAAUUACACA